CUGAACGACAAGGCAGGAAACACAUGACGAAAUACGAUUGGCUAGUACGCUCCCUGCAGUUACCCGGAUAGAGUUUGGCUAUAUAAGAGGGACAUUGAAGGCGGGGGUUGUAGUCCAAAACCAGCCGUCGGUACUUGGUAGCAAGCUACUCGAAUUUGUGCUGCAGCUUAAAAAAUAAAUAUUUGUGGCUUUUAAAUAUGGCUGGUGGAAAGGCAGGUAAAGACUCCGGGAAGACCAAGACGAAGGCUAUCUCGCGCUCUCAGAGAGCAGGACUGCAGUUCCCGGUGGGUCGUAUCCACAGACACCUCAAGUCCCGAACCACCAGCCACGGCAGAGUGGGAGCCACUGCGGCGGUGUACAGCGCGGCUAUUCUGGAGUACCUCACGGCCGAGGUUCUGGAGUUGGCCGGAAAUGCCUCCAAGGACCUUAAGGUGAAGCGUAUAACCCCCCGCCACUUGCAGCUGGCCAUCAGAGGAGAUGAAGAGCUGGACUCUCUUAUCAAGGCCACUAUCGCUGGUGGAGGUGUGAUCCCUCACAUCCACAAGUCCCUGAUUGGAAAGAAGGGCCAGCAGAAGACUGUAUAAAUUGCAUCUCAGGACGACGCCUGCAUCAAGUGGUUAAAUGUCUUAGAUUUAGGAGUAAUUUGUAUUGGUGAGCUUGCAUUUACUCACCUGGGGUAUUUUUAAAAGUGGCUUCAGAGAAGCUCAUUUUUGUGUUUCAGCUUUUGGUUUUUUCUCUCGUGCUGCAUUUUUGUUUGUGUUGCAACUUGCUUUUGUGGCAAUUCAAUGUUCAAAGUGGUGUUUUAAUAAAGUUCUAAUUGGGAAUUUGCAGUUUCUUCUUUCAGUUCUUGCA